AUGUGGGUGUUUUAUCUGAUCUCGUUGCCAUUAACGUUAGGCUUAGUUUUCUCCACGCUCCGGUAUUUCGCCGGACCGGAGAUUCCUCGGUAUGUUUUACUCACCGUUGGAUAUACAUGGUUUUGCUCCGUCUCCGUUAUCAUCCUCGCUCCUGCAGAUAUCUGGACGACACUGUCUCUGCCACCUAACCAUCCUGAGAAUGGUGCCAUUUCCUUCUUGUGGAGUUGGUCAUACUGGAGUACGUUUCUGCUUACCUGGGCUGUGGUGCCUCUUAUUCAGGGUUAUGAAGAUGCCGGAGACUUUACUGUGUCAGAGAGAUUGAAGACUAGCGUGCAUGCCAACUUAGUUUUCUAUCUAAUACUAGGAUUCAUAGGCCUUCUCGGUCUCAUCCUUCUCAUUAUGAUGCACAGAAACUGGAAAGGUAGCAUUUUGGGUUAUGCUAUGGCGUGCUCAAAUACUUUUGGGCUGGUCACUGGUGCAUUUCUUCUCGGCUUUGGCUUGAGUGAAAUUCCUAAGACCCUUUGGAAAGAUGCAGAUUGGACAACCCGCCAAAAAGUUCUCUCACACAAAAUUGCCAAAACUGCUGUGAAACUCGACAAUGCCCAUCAAGAACUUUCAAAUGCAAUCGUAGUUGCUCAAGCGACAUCAAAUCAAAUGUCGAAGCGUGAUCCGAUGAGACCAUACAUGGAUGUAAUCGAUGCUAUGCUGGAUAAAAUGUUUAGGAAAGACAAGUCAUUUAAGCCACAAGGUGGUCAAUUGGGUGAAAACGAUAUGGACUAUGACACAGAUGAAAAAUCAAUGGCAACACUAAGACGGCACCUUCGUAAUGCUAAGGAUGAAUACUAUCGAUACAAAAGUGAGUAUCUAACUAAUGUUACGGAGGCCCUUAAUCUUGAAGAUACAAUGAAGAACUAUGAGCGCUGCAGUUCUACCGGAUGGAAAUAUGCGUCGAGCUUCAGAGCAAGUCGAAGCGGCAAAAUAGGGAGUCUUCUCGAUACAUUUGAAUUUGCGUGGAGAUGUAUACUGAAGAAACAGAUUGAGAAGGUCGCGGCAGUAGUUUUGGGGAUUAUGUCAGCUGCGAUUCUCUUAGCAGAAGCAACUCUUCUUCUUAGUAAACUUGACUUGUCCCUCUUCUCAAUUCUUAUAAGCUAUGUGAAAUCAGAUGAAUUGCUAGUGCAGGCAUUUGCUUUUGUACCCUUGGUGUAUAUGUGCAUCUGUACAUAUUAUUCCCUGUUUAAGAUAGGGAUGUUGAUGAUUUAUUCCUUGACUCCUCGUCAAACAAGCGCAGUGAACCUGCUAAUGAUUUGCUCGAUGAUUGCUCGCUAUGCCCCUCCAAUAUCUUAUAAUUUCAUAAAUCUCAUUCAACUUCAUUCGGAAACGAUUUUUGAGAAGAAAAUGGGUAAAAUUGAUGAGGUUGUUCCGAUCUUUGGGCAACGAUUCAAUGACAUAUAUCCUCUUGUAAUGGUUAUCUACACCUUGCUGGUUGCGAGCAACUUCUUUGAUCGUAUAGUUGCUUACUUUGGUAACUGGAAAAGAUUGAGAUUUCAAACUGAGGACGAUGAUGAGAUGGAUGGGUUUGAUCCAUCCGGAUUAAUGAUUCUUAAAAAAGAACGAAUGUGGCUUGAAGAAGGGCAAAGAAUUGGCGAGCAUGUUCUUCCACUGGCUAGGAAUUUUAACGAUGUUGAUGUUGAAACAGGAAGCAACUUCUCUGAUGAAUCUUGUGUUGAGAUGAAUACGUCGAGCAGCUAUGAUGCAGAAACCGGCAGGAGUGAGAUUGCUCGAAGAUACGGAACUGGCAGAGAAGCAAUUACUAACAAAUACGCAGCUAUGAGGGAACAGAAUAAGAAGAAACAAGAGCUAACAGAGAACAUGGUCUCAGCUAAAGUGUCGUUACUGGAGCCAGAGAACUUUGGAAGAGAGUCAUCUUCUUCCUCUUCUGGUUUGGCCUCAACAUGGCGGAACAUGAAACUAGGACUCCAAAGCUUUAAAGAGAAUGCAACAACCAAAAAUUACUUACCACUAAGGCAGAUAACAGAAGCAACAAGCAACCCGAGAAUGCCGAGUUCACUGGAGGAGAUAUUUCAGAGACUGAGAAACCGGUCUGUAGAACACCAGCGUUACAUAGGUGACGAUGACUAUGAAGGCGACAUUCCGAGGUAA